AUUUUUUCCAUCCAAACAAUUGGUAGCAGUGAUACGCACACAAGUGUAACACAACGACUUGUGCCACGAAAGCAUUUUUAUCUUACGAACUAUAGAUUCUUGUAAUCAAGAAUUAUAUAUUCUAAUUUGAAGAGCUUAGAUACGAAAUUUUCUACGAACUAAUUUAUCUUUAUGCUAACUAAGGAUUUGUAUAGGAAUUGCAUAAAUAAGGAUUCUUUAAUCUUAUUGUAAUUUUAUACUAAUAAACAGUAAUAAUUCUUUCAGAUUUAUCACAAUGGUUGCCCACACAGUACUUCUUGACUUCACAGUUCCAUCAAAUGUAAUAGUAGAUGUAGAGAAACGUUCAAAUCUAAAAUUAGCAAUUGCCAAUGUCCUUGGAGAACAUUUUAACGGUUUAAAGCCAUUAACUGAGUCAAGUAUUGAUGGAAGUCUUUUGAUUCUCUAUACUGGCCCAAGAGGUAGCUUGAUCACUGUUCGAGGAUAUACUGAAGGCUUGAUCACCCUUAACAUUGAAUAUUACAAGAGAGAUGAUGAGGAGGCACUUCUGGAUUUUGAGUUGGCCAGAGAAUUGGAGACAGCGUUGCAAGCGGCAGCAGCCUCUACGCGUUCGCAUACGCUUACACCGAUUAAACGCGGCGGACCUUUUGAGAGAUACUUUCCUACCGCCGAUGAUAGACUACUCGAAUAUGACAUAGAUAAAUUGGUCUUUGAGGCACGUUCGCCUUACCAAAAAGUGCAAAUUGUUCAUUCAAAGUCACUAGGGAAUCUACUGGUUCUUGAUGAAUUACAAAAUAUUUCUGAAGCAGAUCUUAUAUAUACAGAAACUCUAAUGCAACGUGGAAAAGAGAGCUAUACCGGAAAAGAGAUAGUUAUUUUAGGGGGAGGAGAUGGUGGCUUACUUUGGGAAUUGUUAAAGGAGAAGCCAAAAUGCGUAACUAUGUUAGAAAUUGAUGAUAUUGUAAUAAAAGCCUGCAGUCAGCAUAUGAGAAGCAUAUGCGGAGACUGCUUGGAUAAAAGAAAGGGAGAAAACUAUGAGAUUAUUGUUGGAGAUUGUGCAAAGACUUUGGCACACAUGAUUGAAGAAGGUCGACAGUUUGAUUAUGUGUUUGGUGAUCUUACAGAUAUACCAAUUAGUACUGCACCACACGGUGAUGCAUGGGAUUUCAUCAGACUUAUUUUAAACUCUUCAAUGAAAGUUUUAAAGCCUACAGGAAAAUAUAUGACUCAUGGUAAUGGAGCAUCUUGUCCACAAUCAUUACAAAUGUACGAAGAAGUUCUGUCACAGCUCUGUGUACCCGUAACGUUUACCAAAGAUAGCGCUUUUGUACCCUCUUUCUUCGAAGACUGGGUCUUCUACCAAGUAUCGUUAAAAUGAUGGAUUAAAUCUAUAAUUCUGAGGUAUCAAGGGAGGUAUAUUCACAAUCCAUUUUCUCCCUUAUGACCCAGAUUUGAUCCUAGUCGCAGAUUUUUUGCUAACAAGUCGGUUCCUGAAAAACAAAAUCCUGAUGCUGGACAUAAACUCCCAAUUGACACUACUACGCUGGCGUCUGUACAUACAAAAGGUGGUGGUUAUCUGUACUUAUUUAAUUGUUUAGUAACUAAUAAACUAUACAAAGGUG